CAAACAAAAAGAAUCGUGAAGUCCACCCUCCGCAGCCUCUGCGGGCUUUAUAUUCCUCCUCCAAAAAACCUACCUCAAACCAAUUUUCUUUUCUCGUCGCCCAACUAACGUAGACAGAGAGACAGGGAGACAGCGAGACAGGCAGAGAGACAGCGGUGAACGGAGUAGAGAGUUGAAACCCACUAUGUCGAUCCCCACCGCCAACUUCAACUCUCUUAACUCCAGCCACCGUCCACACCUCCCCAACCUCAAUCCCCACCUCCCAUCUCUCUCCUCUUCAUCGCUUUCCCUUCACCUCCGAUCCACCAUCCCGAAAACUCUCUUCCUCUCGUUCCCACUGACGACCCACCUCCACAACCGCCCAGUCCUAGCCUUCUCUGGUGGUGAUAACAUCAAUGGCGGAGGAAACAAACACGACUCCGGCGACGGAGGCGGCGGAGAUGGAGAUCAUCAUGAUAAAAAUAAGGUGGGGGCGAUCUUGGCGUUGGCGGAGAUAGGGCGGACAUUGGAUUGUUUACCCAAGGAUUUGAAGGCGGCGGUGGAUGGGGGGAGAAUACCGGGAUCGAUAGUUACGAAGUACUUUGAGCUCGACAAGUCGGCGUUUUUCCGGUGGUUGAUGCAAUUUGGAGGGUUUAAGGAGAGGUUGUUGGCUGAUGAUCUGUUCUUGGCCAAGGUUGGAAUUGAGUGCGGUGUCGGAAUGUUCACUAAGACUGCUGCAGAGUAUCAGCGUCGAGGGGAAAAUUUCUUCAAGGAGCUGGAAUUUGUGUUUGCGGAUGUGGUGAUGGCCAUAAUCGCUGAUUUCAUGCUUGUAUAUCUUCCUGCUCCUACUGUUUCUCUCCGGCCACCAAUUGGAAUUAAUGCUGGAUCUAUUGCCAAGUUCUUUUAUAACUGUCCUGAUAAUGCAUUUCAGGUUGCUUUGGCUGGAACAUCAUAUUCACUAUUACAGAGACUAGGUGCAAUAGCUCGUAAUGGGGCAAAGCUUUUUGGAGUUGGCACUGCUUCAUCUCUGGUUGGCACAGUCGUCACAAAUGCAUUGAUAAAUGCACGGAAGGCUGUUGAUCAGUCCACUGAAGAUGAUGUGGAGAAUGUGCCUAUACUAUCUACUAGUGUUGCUUAUGGAGUCUAUAUGGCAGUCUCUAGCAAUCUGCGAUACCAAGUAUUGGCUGGGGUAAUUGAACAACGGAUUUUAGAGCCCAUGCUACACCAACACAAGUUAAUGCUAAGUGCAAUCUGCUUUGCUGUGCGGACUGGCAACACAUUCUUGGGUUCAUUAUUGUGGGUGGACUAUGCUCGUUGGAUCGGAAUUCAAAAGGCUCAUGACGUUGAAUGACAAGUUUGUUCUCUGGCUUGAUGUUAUAUUUCAGAAAUUGAAUGUCUGUUUCUUUUAUUAGUUGACAUCACAUAGCAGUAGAACAGUCGACAUUGGUUGAAUUUAUGGGAUGUUAUACACCUUAGCGUAUAUUUAGGUUUCUCAGAUAACUAAACACGUGUUGCUAGUUCAUUGGACAUUUUGAUGUUUCUGUUGAACAUCUUGUUCUCUUCUUUUGUGAAUUUGUUUACAAUCAAAGUACGACAGUCAAGAAGAUUUGCAGCGUUUGACUGAUUCAUGAGUAUCCAAAUCCAUGUUUGUUAAGUUGGCUACCGGGCUGUGUGACAAAAAUUGCUAUACCUUUAUUACAUAGAUGGAU